AUGUGCCACGCCGCGGUGGCGAACUCCGGGGAGCAGGAGCACCAGCGGCGGCGGCCUCUCGCCGCUGCGGCCACCGACAUCGACGACGGAGGAGGAGGCCGCGGACAGCAGCAGGCGCUGAUGCCGGGGCCGGCGGAGCCCGUGAUGGAGACUGCGGCUGCGCCGUGGCAGAGCAGCAGGCAGGCGCGGGAGAUGUCGGCCAUGGUGGCCGCGCUCGCCACGGUGGUCGCCGGCUCGGAGCCGCCGCCGCCGGCUGCCAAGGGACCCGCGCAGGCGCAGGCGCAGGAUGCAUCCAUGGACGAGGCGUGGUGGCCGUACGAGGACCUGCAGGUCGCCGAGCCGUCGUCGCCUGCCCGCUUCGUGCUCCAGGGCUACGACGCGACGCAGCCGCGCGAGCAGUACUGGCCUGCGGCGGCGACGGCGGCGGCUACCUACUCGCACACGCAGCACGGCGCCGCCUCUGCCGCGGCGGAUGAUGAGCUCCCGUCCCCGUCGUCCGCCGGGGGUGGCAGCACUAGCAGCAGGGCGGCGGCGCCAGCGCGGAAGCGGUACCGCGGGGUGCGGCAGCGACCGUGGGGGAAGUGGGCGGCGGAGAUCCGGGACCCACACAAGGCGGCGCGCGUGUGGCUGGGCACCUUCGACAACGCCGAGGACGCCGCCCGGGCCUACGACGGCGCCGCGCUCAGGUUCCGCGGCAGCCGCGCCAAGCUCAACUUCCCCGAGUCCGCCAUGCUCCCGUCCACGCCGUCUCCGGCGACGGCGACCCACCACCACCAGCCUCUGACUCCAGCACCGCCGCCAGCCAGGCCGGAGGCGCUGCUGGAGUCUCAGGCGCUCCCCGCCGGCGGCAGCAGGGACCCCUACUUGGACUACGCCAGGUUAUUGCAGAGCGGCGGCGGCGGUCCCAGCGCGUCGUCGGGGACUCCAACUCCGAGUGUUACGUUACUGCCUCCUCCACCACCUCCACCUCCUGCUGCAGCUGCGGCGUACGGGUUCAGAGCAGAGGCCGAGACCCUCGGGGGCUACGGCUACCUGUCGCCGCCGCAGAGGCAGAGCCGCGCGGAGCCAGGAAACCACCCGCCGCCGGCGUGGGCGGGCUUCGACAGCUCGUCGUGCCCACCGCCGCCGCCGUGGCCGUCGGACCAGUCAGGUUGA